UCGUAUAAACUUGUAUCUUCGGCUUACGUAAAUCCAUGCGACGCUUCGGGCCCUUCGUCUGUGCUGGAACUAUAGUACGCCCGAUUUUUUCUCAUCAUGAUUUAWUUUCUUGUCCUAUUCCAUUUUCCUUUUUUUCUGUUUCCAUUUKCUUUUUUCUUCUUUUCACUUAUUUCUCUGCAACUCAGCCUUCGGACUUCUCAGCUCCAACUGGACGAGAGGGAAUGAGCACCAGUUGGGCGCCAUAUUUGAACAAACAAAAAUGGCGGUCACAACAAGAAAGACUAUUCAGGGAGGAAAAACGAAUGUUUAUUGGACCAAGGACUCUGAUGAUCUAGAUAACGAUAUUGUAAAAGUUCAUGUACCAGGAGUCAACCUGGAACCAUCGCUGGACAUCAAGAAACCAAUGGUUAAAAAGCCUGUAAAACCCCGGAGGCCAGAUCUUAUGAUGAUACCAAAAAGAUCAAGAAUUGAAUCACUGAAAUAUUUGAAAGCACAGAAAACUCAAACCCUUAAAGUAAAUGGAGACAAGAGAAUACAAGAUAUUGAUGAUGUACCUGUUAAGGAUGUCUCUGAUACAUGUAGUAAAGCAGAGCUGGAAACACCUGCAAAGGUGACUUUAAAAGAUUUGAGACCUGAAGACAAGAAACGAGUUGCUAACCUAGUGAAAGAACUAGCUAAAGUAGGAGAGGAAAGAGAACUUGCUCUAUCACAGCUAACAGAAGAAAGAAUGGCUUUUGAAGAAAGACUUCAUAUCUUACAAGAAGAAUAUGAUAGUAAUAUUAAUGAGAAAUUAAACUUACAAAAAAGGUUUCUAGAACUGCAAGAACUGUUGAAGAAGUACAAGGAAGAAGAACGAAGUAAAGUUAAAAAAAGCAAGAAAAGUCAAUCAAGUAAUACCACUCAAACAUCUCCAUCUACAAAUUCACUUGGAAAACAGCUUCAAAAAUCAUUGACAGAAAGUCCAGGAAAUGACAGGACYAAGUCUCCACAACGUGAAAACACCAUUGCCAACAAAUCRMAAAGACAGUCAACACCUGUUGCAAGCACUUCUCUGAUUCUUGACAAUGCCAAGMAAGUGGAAUUUAGUGAACCAAAAACUAUUUUUAAACGUACCAGUCCUGMUACAAGAGAACAAUUGCACACUWCACAGACUGAUACAUURCAGCAUGAGAAGGCAAAGGAACAUGAGRGUGUGUCCAAAGAAAGUCCAGUCAUCAGGAAAKUUGCUCGUCCACGUCAYGAGGGYRCAGRUUUACCASUAARGAGYGAAGCAGYACAGCACUUCACAGGCAGUAUUCCUGUAACUGUCAGGCCAUCAACUGCUGAACAGCAAAGCCUCCAGGCCAUGACAUCAACACAGGGAGCCCAUGAAAGGACACAAAGAGGCCAUAACCAGUCAUUGUUACAUCAACCUCCACCAAAGUCAACWGAACAGGAACCCCCUGUCUAUGCCAAUAAAAUAUUUGACAUGUCAGUWUUGAGGCCAAAUGCUGGAAGACCUUUUCCUCCUCCUUUCAUUGAUGCCAACAACAGGUCCCAGUCAGAUACUUCACAAACCUUUUCAGCUGAGCUAGAUGCUGUAUAUCGACUGUACUGCCGUGAGUAUGAACUACAGCUACAGCUACAACAACAACAGCUUGAGUUGCAGAAACAGCAGCUGCAGCUACAACAACAGUUACAACAGUUGGAGUUGUUCCAGCAAAGACAGCAAUCUCAGCAACAAACACUGACUGCUCAUGUUAAACAGCCACAACCAUCAACUCCAGCUAAACCUGUUAUCAGAGAAACUCCCAUCCCAACCCCAGCUCCCCAGCCAUCAGCCCAGCCAAGACAGGAAUCGCCAUUGGAUGGCCUGGUACCCACUCCAAUUGAAAGUGAGUAUUCUCAACCCCAGCAUUCUGCUUCAAUCAAGAAUGAGGACAAAGGUCAGAGAGAUACACCAACAAUAAGAAGAAUAACAAGCUCCAAAAGGCCCCAAAAAAGUGAAAGAACACCCUUCCAUGAUGGAAGCAACCAGAGUCAUCCACCAAGUCUCUUACAAGAACAAGCUGUUUAUGCAGAUAGAGAUGCUUCCAAACACAGUUCACAACAACCUCAAUUGAUUAGAGGGUCAGUUAACAAGGAAAUAAUCCAACCAGAUGAAGCUGAUCAGUUCAAGUUCUCCCUMUAUCGCAACCAUUCAGCCACAAGAAAUACCAUUGAUUGGUCAACAGCUUCUGAUCUGGAAUUCCGAAGAAUGCAAGAAAGUAGAAUUAGAGAGCAUUACGGGCUUGCUCAGUAUCCAUUGCAUUCAACACAGGCCUCGUUCCCUUUAAGUGAACGUCUUACUUCUAGAACAAGUGACGACUUGUAUGAGAGACCUAGAAUUACUGAGAUACCUUCUGAAAGAGAUGGGAGAGAAGUGGAUGGGAUAAUUCACUUUGGUCAGCAGCCAAAUGGAAGACAUCCUAAUACAUCUAGAGCAAGUUAUGACUUUUAUGAGAGAUCAAGAAUUGCUGAAGAGCUUCCUGAAAGAGAUGGGAGGAAAGUGGAUGGGAUAAUUUAUUCUGGUCAGCAGCCAAAGUUAAGACAUCCUAUUACUUCUACUGGAAGUUACAACCUGUAUGAAAGAUCAAGAAUUGCUGAAGAGCCUCCCAAAAGAGAUGUGAGGAAAGUGGAUGGGAUAAUUUAUUCUGGAGAGAAAGAAUUAGUUCAUGAAGCCAAUCAAGAUUUCCACAAUGAGAAUCAAACAACUUCAAAUCAACAAUACUCUUUAUACACAUCAAGAAAUCAGGCUAGAUAUUCUGGCCAUAAUCACUUUGAUAAAGAGGAGGUAGUUGAGCCUUGGGUAUCAAGAACUAGCUCUCAACAAAGAGACAGGUCAGCUUUUGAACAGGUACCUGAACUCAACUACCCUCUCCAAAUAGUCGAUCUUGUCCAUGAAAUGGAAGAUGAACCAACAAUAACAAGUCCAUCAAGGAAACCAAACUAUGCAUUUUACCCCAGUUCACAUCCUACAGAACCUGUUGUACUGGACGGAAUAUUGGACUCAACGGACUCUGGAUACUCUCAAGUUUCAAGGGGCAUUUAUGAAGAUAAACGUUCAGCGCUGUAUUCUGUUUGCUCAGAUAAUGAAGCAGAUGAUGAAGAACUUAAUGUGUUGGAAGAUAUUUUCUUUAUUUAGACUCUUCAUGUAUAUUGUGAAUUGAUCGAGGGGGACCAUCUUGGAGGGUGAUCAAGGGAGAUUAUCACAGAGGGUGAUUA